AUGGCGCCGCCCCCAGCCCCGCUACUGGCGCUGAGACCCGGGCCCAGCCGGCCUGGUUGCAAGCAGCCCGCGGCCGUGAGGUUCGCGGACGUGGCCGUGUACUUCUCCCCGGAGGAGUGGGGGUGUCUGCGGCCCGCGCAGAGGGCCCUGUACCGGGACGUGAUGCGGGAGACCUACGGCCACCUGGGCGCGCUCGGAUUCCCAGGCCCCAAACCAGCCCUCAUCUCUUGGAUGGAACAGGAGAGUGAGGCUUGGAGCUCCGCCGCCCAGGAUCCUGAGGAGGGGGAAAGCCUGGGAGGAGCUCGGAGAGGAGAUGGUCCAAACAAGAAGGAAGAAGAACCCCAGGAAGAGCCACGAGCCAAGGGGGCCAGAAAGACUCCUGGGAAGGAACCGCCCGAAGACCUGCUCAAACACAAGCCUGACUCGCUGGCCAGCCAGGCCGUGGCAAGAGCACCGCCACCCGUGAAGGAGGCCUGGGACCAGGGCGCAGGGGACGCUCAGGCCGGCCAGCGACGCCACGUGUGUGCAGACUGCGGCCGCCGCUUCACCUACCCGUCGCUGCUGGUCAGCCACCGGCGCAUGCACUCCGGGGAGCGGCCCUUCCCCUGCCCCGAGUGCGGCAUGCGCUUCAAGAGGAAGUUCGCCGUGGAAGCUCACCAGUGGAUCCACCGCUCCUGCUCCGGGGGGCGGCGCGGCCGGAGGCCGGGGAUCCGGGCUGUCCCGCGGGCGCCCAUGCGGGGUGACCGGGACCCGCCUGUACUGUUCCGGCACUACCCCGACAUCUUCGAGGAGUGCGGCUGAGCGGCAGCCACGCUGGGGUUGAGGCUGCCGAGGCGCUAGGCACUGACUGGGCCCUAAAGUAGGCAACUGAGUCAGGGGCUUGGGAACCAAAAGUCAUCCCUGGACUUCCCUCAAGGAUCCCACAAGUUUCCAAACUUGUGAAAAAGAAAAGUGCCUGUAAAGAUUCAAAUAGAUUAAACCUGACACCUUUCUCCUACUUUUUUAUAUAUAAAAAAAAUGAAGAGUGAGAUUCUACACUUUUCUCAGUGUUAUCUCAGUAACAGGUGCAACCAAGAUCUUUCCACUGUCUCAAAAAACAUCCCCUUGCUGCUUAUUUAUAUAAGAGGCAAAUGCUGAGGGGGAUUAAGGCCUGGGGAGGGAUCCCAGAUGGAGGGCAUGGAAGGCCCUAGCUAACUGACACUGGCAGGGAGCUCUGAAAGAGAAGUGGGUGGCGAGAGUAUAGGAACAGGGGGCAGAUCUAGGCUGGGGCUUGCCCCAACCCAUAGCUGGUAACCAUACUCCCUCCCUAAGUCUCAACUCCUAGUCUAUAAAAUGAGGCUUAAUAAUAUCUACCUCAAAGGAAAGAGUUACAGUGCAGACUGAAAUUUUAACAAGAUAACAUGUGUGACACAGUAAAAGUGCAAUAAACAUUUGUUUGAAGACUGAAUUAUUGUUGACAUUUUAUGCUUCAGAAAGUGUAAAGAGGCCACCAAGGAGCAGACAUGGGCAUCAAUGGCUGUGUUUUGUGGAUGAGUAAACUGAGGCUCAACGAUGAAGUGAUUUUCUCCUUUUCAGUGCUAUAAAGUAGCCAAGCUGGAAACUGACACAGACCAGAUACUCCCACCACUUCCUCUGAGCAGUCAGAUCUGGGCAGUGGGUCGGGGGCUCAGGUGAGGGUGAGGUGAGAACUCAGGAACCAGCCGCGUAGUAAAUGAGUAGCUGCAGGAGAAGGGUUUGGUCCUUAUUUCCCAACCAGAAAGUAGCCUAUGCCUUGGGGUUAGGGGUGGCUCCUCAGUCUGCAGGACCCAGCCCAGCCUGCCCAGGAGAGCCUCAGCAGGAAAUGAGAGCCCUUCUAAGGCUUGUGACCUUUCCCUUAGAAAAUGCAGUCAACAUGGGCCUCCCUGGUGGCGCAGCGGUUGAGCGCUGGGUUGCG